UCGAACGCAGGCAACCUGCUUCCCAGCUCCCGGCUCUCCGCAGCUCAGUCAUCACUACCAAAGCCUCCUGGCAGGCCCCAGGCUCUGGGGGUCCCGGCUCUCAGGGACCCCAGCGCCGGACUACGUUUCCCAGCCUGCCGCGGGGGUCGCGCGUGCGCACUGCGGCCAGUGAUGGAGCGCUGACGGGGGGCGCGGCGGCGGCGGCGGCGGCGGCGGGCAGGGCUCGGCGGGCCAUUGGCUCGUGGUCGCGGCAAAGGCAGCUUGAGGACUAGAAGAGCGAGAGGGGCCCGCGGGCCGGGCCGGGGACGACCUGGGCUGAAGCCAUGGAGGACCAGAGGGAGGCCCUGCGGAAGAUCAUUACUACCCUGGCUGUGAAGAAUGAAGAGAUUCAGAGCUUCAUCUACUCCCUUAAGCAGAUGCUGCUGAACGUGGAGGCAAACUCCACCAAGGUGCAGGAGGACCUGGAGGCCGAGUUCCAGUCCCUCUUUUCCCUCCUGGAGGAGCUGAAGGAGGGCAUGCUCAUGAAGAUAAAGCAGGACCGCGCCAGCCGCACCUAUGAACUGCAGAACCAGCUGGCCGCCUGCACUCGGGCCCUGGAGAGCUCAGAGGAGCUUCUGGAGACAGCCAACCAGACCCUGCAGGCCACGGACAGCAACGACUUCCCUCAGGCUGCCAAGCAAAUCAAAGAUGGUGUGACAAUGGCCCCUGCCUUCCGGCUGUCAUUGAAGGCCAAGGUCAGCGACAACAUGAGUCACCUCAUGGUGGACUUCGCGCAGGAGCGGAGGAUGCUACAGGCACUCAAAUUCCUACCUGUGCCCAGCGCCCCUGUGAUUGACCUGGCCGAGUCCCUGGUGGCAGACAACUGCGUGACCUUGGUGUGGCGCAUGCCGGACGAGGACAGCAAGAUUGACCACUACGUGCUGGAAUACCGGCGGACCAACUUCGAGGGCCCGCCCCGCCUCAAGGAGGAGCAGCCCUGGAUGGUCAUCGAGGGCAUCCGGCAGACGGAGUACACCCUGACCGGUCUCAAGUUUGACAUGAAAUACAUGAAUUUUCGUGUGAAGGCCUGUAAUAAGGCCGUGGCAGGCGAGUUCUCUGAGCCGGUGACCCUGGAGACACCAGCGUUCAUGUUCCGCCUGGAUGCGUCCACAUCUCACCAGAACCUGCGAGUGGAGGACCUCUCUGUGGAGUGGGACGCCAUGGGCGGGAAGGUCCAGGACAUCAAGGCUCGCGAGAAAGAUGGAAAGGGGCGGACGGCAUCUCCCGUCAACUCCCCAGCCAGAGGUGUGCCAUCCCCCAAGAGGAUGCCUUCGGGUCGUGGGGGUCGGGACCGCUUCACUGCUGAGUCCUACACGGUGCUGGGGGACACGCUGAUCGACGGCGGGGAGCAUUACUGGGAGGUGCGCUAUGAGCCGGACAGCAAGGCGUUCGGCGUGGGGGUGGCGUACCGCAGCCUGGGCCGCUUCGAGCAGCUGGGCAAGACGGCCGCGUCCUGGUGCCUCCACGUCAACAACUGGCUGCAGGUCAGCUUCACCGCCAAGCACGCCAACAAGGCCAAGGUGCUGGAGCCCCCCGUGCCCGACUGCCUGGGUGUGCACUGCGACUUCCACCAAGGCCUUCUGUCCUUCUACAACGCCCGAACCAAACAGCUGCUGCACACCUUCAAGGCCAAGUUCACGCAGCCCCUGCUGCCGGCUUUCACAGUGUGGUGCGGCAGCUUCCAGGUGACCACAGGCCUACAGGUUCCCAGCUCUGUGCGCUGCUUGCAGAAGCGGGGCAGUGCCACCAGCAGCUCCAACACCAGCCUCACCUAGGCCCGGGAGCGCCCGCCCAGCCCGGCUGAGUUUGGGGAACCCCCUGCCCAGCCGCCCAGGCCUUGUUGCAGCUGCCACCCUCGUCUCACCUGCUGCUUGGAGCCUUAACUCCUGAUGGGGGGAGGGGACACCAGGGCGGGCCCUCGCCCCUACCUCACCUCCUAAUAAAAGUCAAUCACUGGCCAGGCCGUGCCGAUGGUUCUUUGGGGCU